AAGGAAGUGGUAUGUGUUUUAGCAGCCUCCCCUCAGUGCUCUCCGUUCAAAGGUUUUGUGCACAUUGAAGUGUUUGCAGGAAGCAACGUUACUGGUGUAAGCGUUCUUUAACUGACCAAGGAGAUAGAGAUGGAGCCAAGUAUUGUGGGAGCCUGUGUCAUCCUGUCUGUGUGCUUUAUGGUGGGGACUCCGGGGAACCUGCUGGUUGUGUGGACCAUCAUGAGGCACGUGAAGCAGCGCUCUCACACUGUGUUGCUCAUCAUGCACCUGGCUGUUGCUGACCUGCUGGUGGUCGUCACCCUACCUUUGUGGAUCUACUCAUUGGUUUGGUCCUGGGUGUUUACUGAGGUUGUGUGCAAGGCCAUGGUGUAUGUCAUCUAUGCCUGCAUGUAUGCUAGCAUCUUUUUCAUCACCAUCAUGAGUGUGGAGCGCUUCCUUGCUGUCAGGUACCCCUUUGCCUCAACUGCCUGGAGAAAGAAGCAGAUGUUGAAUAAGAUCUUGCUGGGCGUGUGGGUGGUGUCCUUUCUUCUCAGCAUUCCGGUACUAAUCACUCAGGUCUUGGACGAUACUGAUGGACAAAAAGAGUGCUUGAAUAGGGAAUAUAGUUCCAAUACAGAGGAGGCUGCUCUUCUGCUCUUGGAGUCUCUGGUGGGUUUCGUGAUCCCCUUCUCCAUCCUGGUGAUCUGCUAUGGCUGCCUCUAUAGUCGAAUCACACAGAUGAGCUUCAGGUCCAAGCGUAAGUCUACACUGCUGAUUGUUGGUGUUGUGGUGGUGUUUGCUCUGUGCUGGAUCCCACAUCACAUCAUGAACCUUUUGUCUUUGGUGUACUUUGCGUACGAUGACUCCCCAGUGGGAGACAAAAUCCUAGAUGUUUUGAAUGCCCUGCAUAUGGUCUCUAGCUCACUGGUCUUUGUCAGCAGCACUAUCAAUCCGGUGCUGUACGUUUUUGCAGCACGGAGCUUUCGCACCUCACUGAGGGACACAGGUAUCCACAAGCUGUUCCGUCACCUGUCCAGUGCAGCGACGGGAGAAGGCAACCGAGAACUGUCAUAUGUGUCGAAAAGACAAAGCUCUCAGACCAAUACUUCUCAGUGCUGCGUGGAGUCCAAAACACAAAUAGACCUACUUGUGGACAUAUGCAACAAUGCUGCUAGUGAUGAGAACAUGUGAAGGUACAAAGUUUGGCUACUGAGUAUUUGUUGUGUGAAAAAUGUUUAUGUAUAUAUAAUGCUACUAUGUAGAAUGCUUAACCCAGUACUUGAAUGCUUAACCCAAUACAUCCAACUAUUUAUAGGAUUUUCACUAAAGAUUUUGCUGAUAAAUUUGCAUUCAAUUAGAAAUGAAUAGAAACAUUUUUACUAAUUGUCUCAGACUUUUAAACUCCACUAUAUAUGUACAUCAAGUGUCCUUAUAUUAUUAACAUUUGUUUAAAAUAAUUCUUUACUCAUGUAUCGUGUAUUUAUGUGUGUAUGUAUGUUUUUGCCUAUAAUUUUUUACUUCUAAA